GCUGUCAACAAAAACUCAGUACGGGAAACAAACACUGUGACAUUCUUAUCUUAUAUUUUGAGAAAUUUCAAAUUGCUACCAAAAAAACCUUUACUGUGGCAUUGAGAGGACGAAUGAAUUCUGUCAGGGCUUGCUACUGAGUGAAUAUUUAGAAAAAAUGGUGAAGCGAAAACGAGAAGAAAAUUUCGAGAUUCCCGAGGCACCUGCGGCAAAACAUGCGAACACACUACAAGAUGCUGCUGAACUAGGCAAAGAGACGUAUUCGGCCGCAGAAAUUCAACUUCGUCAAGUCGUGGAAGACUUUGUAUGUCUGUACGAGCGUCUGUGCCCCGAGGAUGACCCCAGCACCAAGCCCAACUAUUCCUACAGCGAGCUGGUCUUUCUGGCCAUUCUGAGAUCCCCAAACUUCUGUCUGCCGAUUGGAGAAAUCUACAAGUACAUCCAGAGCCGUUUCACGUUCUUCAGAACGUCCAAAAGACAGCACUGGAAGAAUGCUGUCAGACACAGCCUGUCCAAAACUAAGUGUUUCUCCAAGAUCUCUGUCGGAAGAGGAGUUUCCGUGACCAAGAAAUUACACAAAGCUACCUAUCUCUGGUGCCUGGUUCCGUCCAGUAUUACUAGUUUUGCGCGGGGUGACUACAGACCAACGACCGACAAAGACCGCAGUACAAACACACUUCAGUACGGUUACUACAGAGUCAACGCCGGGCAGUUUUGGGGACAGGUCGCAGUUUACUUAGAGAGGAAAAUGGCGGUAUUUAGAAAAGCGCUUUCCGGAAGCUAUCGACCUGGGGAGAUUUUUGAAGAACAACUUUGUAAAAUACCGAACCGAGAUGAAAUAUUUCGAAGAGGAAACUUCUUUGAGAGACAGAAUAUUGAGGCAAACAUGAUGCCAUCAUCCCAAUGUAACUCUUCCUCCGAAGACAAUACAAACGUCAAGGUGGACGAAGAAAUACCUGCAAAUACGGAAGCGGCCCAGUCAACGAGUGCCAUUGAAAUGGAUAAAGUCAACACCACAGGGACAAAGGAUGACAGUGGUAUUAUUUCUGAUGUGUUUGCUUCUACCAGCAGUGUCGAUAUCUCUCUGACGGACUCGAACAUAAUCGAACACUCCCUCAAUCUCCUCAACAGGCAUACGUCAUCACCCGUCACUAGUGAUGUCAUAUAUGCUGGAGAAAACGAUAUCCAAGACGACCGGAAGACACCAGAAUUACCGGACUUGAGGAACGUCAGCCCGUUUGAUCUGUCUCCGAUUUUAUCGCAUACACAAGACAUGUCUCACGAGUCAUCGAAAAUCCCGGUGUAUUCCGCAUACCCAACCCAGCAAAGCUACAAAGUAGCGCCUCCAUACAACCCGGCGAUGACAUCACAGCCGUAUGGGUUUCAUCAUAGUUCGCCCUUUUCAUAUCCACCGUAUGCUGAAGAGAGCGCUUACUCGUUUGGCAUGUCUGCCUUGUAUCAGUCUGGCUAUCCACAAGAUUCUGGUGGGACUCAGGAUUAUUUGUUUUAGUGCUAGAUGUAACACUUAUUUUAAUUUGUACACAGUGCUUGCAUUUUCAUUAUUUUUACAGAAAUAUUGUAAAAAGAAAUUGUAUAUAUGUAUCACAUUUCCAUUUUUUUUUAAUUUCUUGACAUAUACAUGUAUACUUGUAAUUUUUAGAAAUGGCAACGUUCCAUUUAAUUUGUGUACAUAUGUGUAUAUAUGUUUUAUAUUUGUCCGAAUUUUCCCUUUUAAUGUUUUAUUCGCAGAAUAAAUAAUAAUUCUAGUUUUUGUAUAACCUA